ACUAAGCCUGUUGCCUGUCGGUAGUUGCGUCCCUGGCGACAAGUUAGCCUAGCCGGCUAGCAACUUCUACUGGAGAGUCUAGUCGAGCCGCUGCACGCAGUCACUGGGAAUGAACCACAAAAGUAAGAAGCGAAUCAAAGAGGCGAAGCGGAGUGCCAGACCCGAACUAAAGGAUUCGGCCGACUGGACUAAGCACAACUAUUUAGAGACUUUUGAUCUUUCGCUUCGGACAGUGAAGGAUAACGUGGAGCGGGUGGACACCCUGCGCCUGAGCCCAGAGGACUUUAUACAUCGCUUCGAGAAGCCCUACAAACCCGUAGUCCUUCUUAACUGCCAGGAUUCAUGGCCUGGGCGGGAGAAAUGGACCCUGGAGCGGCUGAAACGCAAGUAUCGCAACCAAAAGUUCAAGUGCGGCGAGGACAACGACGGAUACUCUGUGAAGAUGAAGAUGAAGUAUUAUGUUGAAUACAUGGAAAGCACCCAGGAUGACAGCCCGUUGUACAUCUUUGACAGCAGCUACGGCGAACACGCCAAACGCCGCAAGCUGCUCGAGGACUAUCAGGUUCCCGUCUUCUUUAGAGAUGACCUUUUUCAGUUUGCAGGGGAGAAGCGCCGACCACCUUACAGGUGGCUCGUCAUGGGCCCUGCUCGCUCUGGCACAGGCAUCCACAUUGACCCCCUUGGCACUAGUGCAUGGAAUGCGCUGGUACAGGGUCACAAGCGCUGGUGCCUGUUCCCCACCCACACACCACGGGAGCUCAUAAAGGUGAAGCGAGAUGAGGGCGGCAAUCAGCAGGAUGAAGCCAUCACCUGGUUCAGCAUCAUAUACCCACGCACUCAGCAGCCCUCCUGGCCUGCCGAAUUCAGACCACUGGAGAUUCUGCAACGGCCUGGAGAAACAGUCUUUGUUCCUGGUGGCUGGUGGCAUGUUGUCCUUAACCUGGAGACCACCAUCGCGGUCACCCAGAACUUUGCAAGUACCACUAACUUUCCGAUCGUCUGGCACAAGACUGUUCGUGGGCGGCCAAAGCUCUCCAGGAAGUGGUACAGAAUUUUAAAGCAGGAAAGGCCGGAUUUAGCUGCUCUGGCAGACAAAGUGGACCUGCAGGAGUCCACAGGCAUCGCCUCGGACAGCUCUAGUGACUCUUCUUCCUCCUCCUCUUCCAGCUCUUCUGAUUCUGAUUCAGAGGCUGACUCAGGUUCUGAGGGGGAUGCCAUGACCCACCGCAGAAAGAAGAGAAAAACCUGUGGCAUGAUGGAAAAUGGUGAUUUUAGCAGCCACGACGACUGUGUGAGCAAAGAGCGUAGCUCAUCACGGUGACAUCCUACCCCCUUUUAAUGCUCCAUUUGCCAGGAGAGUUUUCCAGGACACAAACCUCCAGCCCUCUGAGACAGAAAUAAGGAAUAUACACAGAUUUACUUUGAAACUGCUCUGUGUGCCCAUGGUCUUUGGCUCUACAGUGCAUGCCCUCCCCUGCUCGUAUGUGAUACAUAAUGAUCUGAACAGCUUUGGUGAUGUAUUGCAGGCUAGGUGGUGGAAGGUGUAGUGUGUUCAUUUGCCACACUCCUCUCAUUAACUGGAAACGUUGGGAUGAGUUUCCUGAGGGUCACGUUGCUGCUUUUAGCCUUUUGCUCCUGUUUUUUGAUGACAUUGUUCUGUCAUUGUUCCAUUUUAUUGUUUCUAUUUGAAGGGUGCCGGUUUAAAAGUCCUGAUGUGAAUACGGUUCGUACGGAUUGAUUCAGUGCAGUUAAUUAAACAGUGCACAAUAGCUGCAUAUUUAUAUGAACACGACUUUUAAGAUGACCUUAAAACUGUUAAUGUCCAAACAUAUUUAAAUAAUCAUUUUAAAACCGACAUAAUGAAAUCUGAUUCCAAAUUAUUCAAGUGCACAAAUGUAGAGACGUCAAUAUUGGUGUUUAAUUUAAAAAGUAUUAAACAUUUAAAGCUCUUAAUUACUGUUUGCAAUACACAUUUUAAUGAUUUUGAUCUAAAUACAUUCCCCUAAAUUGAGAUCACUUGUAAAUAUCAGAAUUCAGUCUGACUUUAGUGUCAGUUUGUCAGCUAAGGAGGUUUGUGUUAAAAAUUAAAUUAAAUGGUUAAGUUAUUGGACUAGCAGUUGGUUCAAGUGCCACCACUGCUAGGCUUUUACUAUUGGGUCUUUGAGCACAGCUUUAAAUGCCUAAUUGCUGGGAUUGUAUACAGUCACAGUUGUAAGAAGCUUUGGAUAAAAAACAUCUGUUAAAUGCUGUAAUUGUAAAUGUAGGACACUACCCACUUAAACUGUAGACAUUAAGCUCUGCCUUUAGGAAACAUAGCUUUGCAUAUAAGUUUCAAACUGAGUUUGGUCCUGCAGUAAUACAGUGUUUUCAAUUUCCUUUCCAGUUUAUUUAAACCUUGGUAGAGAGGAUAAAGACUAGAGAUGAUACAGACAUGUCUAAGCAUAGACAUUUUCAUCUGUUUAAAGGUUUUAAUGAAUACCAUCAACACUAGGUGGCAGCACUGCAUGUUUAAGUGAAAAUCAGUGCUUUUAAAAACAGAAGAGCAUCUUUCUGUAACAGAGCAGUAUUUACAGUGUGUUAUCCUCCUAAUGUGAAUGAGUGUAAUAAAAAACAAAUCAAUAAAUGGACUGCUAAAGGUCACAAUUAGUACAUUUACUGUUGGGCCAAGUUUACAAUAAUCAGUUUUUUAUUGCAGAAUCUGAUUUGGUUAUUUUGAUUUUAAAUCUGGUUAUGUUUGUCUUCCCUGAAUCAGCCUUUUUUAAUCAGGACAUUUCUGAUUCAUGGUUCUGAUGAUGCUCCAGCUAGAAGACAUAAUCUCUACAAUGUGAUUAUUUAUUUACGGGUUUUUUGUAACUUCUCAAUAUAUAUUUGAAGGUUAAAAAACCUUCAAAAAUAUUUUUUUUCAGUGUCUUGAAGUUCAUUCUUUCAGGUCCUAAAGUGGCUCUAAUUCAUGCUGCUGUUUUUAAAGUGAAGUGUUAAUCGAAGCAUCUCGUCAUGUUCCUUGUUCAGCAUUGUUUCAGUCCCUGGGCUUACACACACAAUGCACUUAUUCCACUGGGCUUUAGGUGCAAUGACACCUUGGUGAUGUUUGGAUUAAAGCAAACUGUUUUUGUAUGGAUUUAAUAAAGCAUAAAUCUUUUCAUUA